AUGACAUUUCACCCAGACUCUCUUCCAAGCCUCUCAGGCAAAGUCUAUAUCGUCACCGGCGGUACCGCUGGCAUAGGCUACUACACAGUCGCUCGUCUCGCACAACGUGGCGCCCAUGUAUACCUUUGCGCGCGCUCGGAAGCCAAGGGUCAAAAGGCAAUUGAAGGGAUUCAAUCACUCUAUCCCAACUCUAACCUCAGCGUGCUGGUUAUGGACCACAAGUCCCUGCCUACCGUCGUGGCUGCAGCCAAUCUCUUCCUGACCAAGGAAACCGCGCUGCACGGCCUGGUGAACAACGCAGGCAUCAUGGCCACUCCUUUCGCACUCACCGAGCAUGGCUACGAAGAGCACUGGCAGAUCAACUAUAUCGCACAUUGGCUAUUCACCUCGCAUCUACUUCCUCUGCUCCUCGAAACCUCCAAGACCCUUCCUGCCGGUAGUGUACGCAUCGUCAACUUGACGUCCGGCGGUCACAUGUCUGCUCCUAAACCAGGAAUUGACUUUGAAGAUCUUUCGCUGACGAAAGCUGCCCCGAUCACCCGAUACGGCCAAUCUAAGCUGGCCAACGUUCUGCACGCCAAAACGCUCAACAAACGCUACGGGCCUGGGUCAAGCAGCGCCAAGAACGGAAAGGGGGAAAUCUGGACCUCUUCAGUGCAUCCUGGCAUUGUAGAGUCGGAGCUAGAUGACCGGGCCCUUGCGAUGCCCUGGUACAUGACCAUCGCUUCGGGCGUUGCCCAAGCCAUCGGGGCAAGAUGGCCGACUGACAAGGGCGCGUGGACUCCUGUGUUUUGCGCCGCGAGCCCUGAGAUGAAGCCGGAACAGAGCGGAGAGUACUUUGAGAGAAUCGCCAAGACGGGAGGUAUGUUGCAGAGUGCGAAGUCAAAGGAUAUGGAGCUGGCUGAGAAGUUGGAACGUUGGGUUGAGGCGGAGAUGAAGAAACAGGGAUAUAUCUAA